GCAGUUGGCCGCUGAUUGAGAUACAAUAAGGGGGUGACUUCUGCCUGGCUCGAAACCGUACACGGGCUGAUUGAUUUGUCACCAUGACGACUCAGUUGCAUGUUGAACAUGCCGAAUAAACAAAACCAUUUGUUUUUUAACCGGAUUAAUGACAAAACAUUCUCUGGAUCCGGAGAAACCGAUAGUACGCGCGUUUCCAAAGCAGUUGAACCGGUGAGUUUGGAGCUGCGAUAACUAAGGGCUCUUGUCAGAUCAACGUCAAUCACUUGACUGACAAUCACAUCGUUUCAAUGUAGAAUGGCCAUUUACACGAAUUUUAUCUAAAAAAAAAGAACAGACCACCUGAUGAUGGCACACUGCAAAGACAAAACGUCCGAAAUUGAUGACCAUAUCGCGAAACGUUUUGACAUUCAGAAACGAUUGGGAAAAGGUGCCUAUGGAAUAGUGUGGAAAGCUUUGGAUCGAAAAACCCGAGAGAUCGUUGCCAUUAAGAAGAUAUUCGACGCGUUUCGCAACCAAACCGACGCGCAACGAACCUUUAGGGAAAUCAUAUUUUUGCAGUCUUUUAAAAACCAUCCGAAUAUUGUCAAACUACACAGUAUUCACAGAGCGGCCAACAAUAGAGAUAUUUACCUGGGUUUCGAGUAUAUGGAAACCGAUUUACACAACGUGAUCAAGAGAGGAAAUAUUCUGAAGGAUGUUCAUAAACGCUAUGUUAUGUAUCAGCUGCUUAAAGCUAUGAAGUAUAUCCAUUCUGGAAAUGUGAUCCAUCGCGACUUGAAGCCUAGUAACGUGUUAUUGGACAGCUUAUGCAGAUGCAAAAUAGCGGAUUUUGGUUUGUCGCGCUCCCUAACCCACGGCUCAGAAGGAAUUUUGAGCGACAGCGACCCAACUCUAACUGACUACGUGGCCACUAGAUGGUACCGAGCACCGGAAAUCUUAAUAGCCAAUAGAAGAUAUACCAAGGGCAUUGACAUGUGGAGCUUAGGGUGUAUCUUAGCGGAAAUGUGCAUAGGAAAACCGCUUUUCCCGGGCAGUUCCACUGUUAAUCAAGUGGAGAGAAUUAUGGCCACAAUACCAACACCAACAAUCGAAGACAUCAACCAGGUGUGCAUAUCCGGCGUGGGAUCGUCAAUGAUCAAAAAUGCCUCCUCCGCAGCGAAGCUGCCCAUCCAGUCGAUCAUAGGGGGCGCAGCGCCUACCGAUGCCAUCGCCCUUAUAGAAGAACUGCUUGUUUUCAACCCGCACAAAAGACUUAAAGCGGCCGAAGCUUUAAGCCAUGACUAUGUGGCAAACUUUCACGAUCUGAACCAAGAAACCAGCAUGCCCUCGCACGUUGCGAUCCCUCUAAACGAUGACAUUCGCCUUUCGGUGGAUGAUUACCGGAACACCCUGUAUGACCUGAUGUCGUCCCAGCCCUACAGGCACUGCACCAAGCCCUCAGCUGCCAAACAAAAACUGUUCGUGCCGGAAGUGUAUUCGAGAGUGUCAAAGAAUACGGAAAAGUAUAUCCGAUCUCAUGUGAAUCUCAAAAACAACAACCAAGUGAUGUCUCAGUCGGAGUCGAAGAUUCACCAAAAGAACCCCAGCUGGGUGAAAAGCGCCCAACUAAAUAAAUCGGACUCAAAAGUCCCGACUAAGUACGGUGGUUUGGAGAAGGUCAACAUUCUGAAGGGCGACGGAGAUUGUCGGAUGCACAUGAAAUCCAAAACGGAGGCUCCGAAAAGACGCAUCACCCCUCCUAAGCCCACACUGUAUCAAUCGUUCAACAGUUUCAACAGAUCGCACGGGAUUAUCACCCAAAGCGCUUUGAUGGAAUUAAGAGCGGCAGGGCAACGAUAAUCGACUGUUUGUUAUAUUCAACUCCAGUAUUUUUAUCAAUUUACACUAUGUAUGCUGUUGUUUUAAUAAAUUUACAACCCCAUCACUUACUUCCAUCGAGAAA